GAAUGUGGUAGAUUAAUCAACUGUCAAUUGCCAGAUCCAUCGACUAAUGAACGGGAAUUUAAUUGCAGACAAUUUAUUUUGUCCGAAGGGGGUGGCUGACAAAAAAGAAAAGUCACCGAAGGAUAAAAUGAAGUGGAUUGUUAAAGAUCACAAGGAAGAACACAGAGAUUAAGAGAUUCAUUGGGAAUUGAAGUUUUGACAUUUUCAUCUUCUUUCUCUCUUUUUUUGGGGGGGGAGGGGAAGCUUGAUCUGAAGAUGAUGUUUUCAAACUUGAUCAAUCCAGUCACGUCGAGCAGGAUGGAGCUCAAAAACCAGCUUCCAGAGGCGGUGCAGGGUCCGUGCGGACGCGAGCAGAGCUGAAGUUUUCCGCAGAACGCCCCAGGAAUUUAGCCACAUAAUCUGACCUCAGUUGAGAGGAGGGUUUUUUAUCCCUUGUUCUUCCACGCCGGCUGCUUCUGCCAAGCAAUGGGUGCGUUUUCUGGCCUCGUGACGGCCAAAUAUUUUUGCAAAGUGAGGCCCACAACUCUGUGGAUCUGUUAGUCUGAAACCUGACCUCUCUUCGGCGUCCGGUCCGAGUCCUGACCGGCGUGGCCUUGGCAUUGGGCCAGACUUUGGCGUUUUAGAUCCUUCUCGGCAGUCUUGAAAUUCUUCCUCUGGACGCCUCCCCCCCCCCCCCCCAAAGAAAGAGAGAGAGAGCGAAAAGGGCAGGGGAGGACCGCCACCCGCCUCCCCUACCACCAUGCGGUGGUGCUUCUGCUUUCUGUCCGACGACGAGAAGAAGGCCAUCGCCAUCGAUAAAGAAAUUAACCGGCUACUCCAGGAGCAGAAGAAGCGAGACCGGUGGGAGCUGAAGCUUCUUCUUCUGGGGACAGGCGAGAGCGGGAAAAGUACCUUCAUCAAACAGAUGAGGAUUAUCCACGGGGUGGGCUAUGCAGAAGAAGACCGGAAAGGAUUCAGUAAGGUGGUGUACCAGAAUAUCUUCACCUCCAUCCAAGCCAUGAUCAAAGCCAUGGAGACCCUCCGGAUCCCGUACGUCGUGCCCGAAAAUGUGAGAAACGCCCAGCUGCUCAUGGGAGUGGAUGCAUACAAAAUCACAGCCAUGGAAAAGCAUCAUGGCCAGAUGAUCCAAAGCCUCUGGCGUGAUGCCGGGAUUCAAACCUGCUACCGACGGCGGAGAGAAUACCACCUCCUUGAUUCGACUGCCUAUUUCCUGUCCAGUCUGGACCGCAUUGCAGAGGAAGGCUACAUACCCAGCGCUCAGGACAUCCUGAGGACCCGGGUGCCCACGACCGGCAUCAACGAGUAUUGCUUCUCAAUCCAAAAGGUGACACUCAGGAUUGUCGAUGUGGGCGGGCAGAAAUCCGAGCGCCGGAAGUGGAUCCACUGUUUCGAAAACGUGAUCGCCUUGAUCUACCUGGCGUCCCUCAGCGAAUACGACCAGUCACUUGAGGAAAACAACAGUGAAAACCGGAUGCGGGAGAGCCUGGAUCUCUUCAGGACCAUUCUGGAACUGCCCUGGUUCUUGAACACCUCCACCAUCCUCUUCCUCAACAAAACGGACAUCUUAGAAGAGAAGAUCAUGACGUCCGAUCUGGCGACAUAUUUCCCAAGCUUUCCAGGACCAAAACAGGACGCACAAUCAGCGAAGGAGUUCAUUCUUGACAUGUACAUGGAUGCCUUCGAGCAGGUCAGGAACUCCAGCCUGGGGUCUUCCCAGGAGGCGGGCAGGACCCGAUUCCUUUACCACCACUACACCUGUGCCACAGACACGCAGAACAUUGGCACAGUUUUUGCUGAUGUCAAGGAUGCUGUCCUGGCCAGCUACCUGGACGAAUUCAACCUGGUUUAAGAAACAAAAGACUUGAGCUCCCAAGGAUCAAGCCAUGCAUUGAGGGAAACACAGAUUUCCUUUUAUGGGUAUUCUUUCAUUUUUCCCUCCAGGCACGCCAUUCUUUCAGUGCUCCAUGCCGAAGGAAACCCAGCUUGCAAAUUGCCGCUUAAGGGAACUCUGGCUCUCUCUCCCUUUUUUAAAAUUUUUUUUGAUGACUCAGAUGUAAGAAUCAGCUCAGGGUUAGAAAUACUCGUCAGCUCCACAAUCCGGCACUCUUGUACAGAACUUCAAAGGCUUGCCAUCUUUCGUCCAAUGGUGUUUUCCCAGAAUGCAACAGUCUGAUGGGCGGAGGGACCACUUGCUGAGUGGCGUAGUGGGCUAAACCGCAGAAGCCUCUGUGCUGCAGGGUCAGAAGU